CCAUCUCUUGCUGAGAGCACUUCCCAGGACAGCCUGAUGGCCGCGGUGAAACCCGCCCUGCAGCACCUGGUCAAGGUCCUUGCUGAGUCUAACCCCGGCCGGUUCGGGCCCCUCUGGCGGUGGUUUGAUGAGGUCUAUGUCCUGCUGGAUGUGCUGCUGCAGCAGCACUACCUGGCCAGGUGCAGCGCCUCCUUUUCUGAAAACUUCUACGGCUUGAAGAGGAUCCCGGUGGGAGGCUGCAGACAGCAACCCCUGGCUACUGCUGGCCUGCCAAAGAGGCAGCACUGGAAGUCUCUCCUCUUGCUGGUUCUUGUUCCCUACCUGAAAGGAAAGCUCGAGAAACUGGUGUCCAGUCUGAGGGAAGAGGAUGAGUACUCCAUCCAUCCUCCAUCAUCAUCCUGGAAGCGUUUCUACAGAGCCUUUCUAGCUGCCUACCCCUUUGUCAACAUGGCCUGGGAGGGCUGGUUUCUGGUGCAGCAGCUGUGCUACAUCCUGGGCAGAGCUCAGCACCACUCCCCCCUGCUGCUCCUGGCCGGUGUGCGCCUGGCCCGCCUGACUGCCGAGGACAGCCAGGCCCUGCAGGAGGAGCUGGCUGGAGCCACCUCCAGUCAAAAGCAGAGCAUUAAAGAACAAGUGCAGUCAGCAGUGAGGACAGCACUGGGUGGCAUUGCCUUCUCCCUGUCCACCGGGCUGUCCGUCAGCGUCUUCUUCCUGCAGUUCCUGGACUGGUGGUAUUCCUCGGAGAACCAGGAGGCCAUCAAAUCCCUGACGGCGCUCCCAGCCCCGCCCCCUCCCCUGCAGCUGGAGGAGGGGGCUGGCACAGCUCUCCUGCCGCAGCUGAAGAGCCUGUGCCCCCUGUGCCGCAAGGUGCGGGUCAACCCCACGGCCCUGGCCACCUCGGGCUUCGUCUUCUGCUACCGCUGCAUCCACAGCCACGUGCGCAGCCACCGGCGCUGCCCCGUCACCGGCUACGCCUCCGAGCUGCAGCACCUGGUCAGGCUCUACACCCCUGAGGGCUGA